UGGCCAAAUCCAGGGCACCAGGCAGGGCGCGGGCCAAGUUGGCGAGGGCGCAGCGGAGCGGGACGGAAUGUCGUCCCAGGCGUUGAUGUGGUGCAUGCCGCCGGCGAACUAUCGCAAGAAGCGGUACAAAGUCCGGGACAAGGGCCCGUCGCACCUUCAGCGCUACGGCGGCCGAACGGCGCCCAUCCCCGACUCGUUCAUCCAGAACGCGACGUGCAGGUCGGGCCGGCCGGGCUACCCCGCGCACAUGUUCGAAUUCUUCCUGCAGUUCCCUGUUUUCUGCGGCACGGAUCUCUGCCCUUUCGGCAAGGGCCUGGUGCAGAAUGGCGUGUUUCUAAGGGGCCUGCGCAACCGAGUCGGCGGCCCGAGUUGCUUCGCCCAGGCGCUCUGUGACAAGAAGAAGCAGCUCUGCGAGGGCAGCACCAGGAUGGAGGAGGGAUUGGACUCCGAUGGCAAUACUUUCUCCACCCGCGAGGUCAUGUGGGAGAUCUACACCGGCGAUGAGAAAGGCCGGGACGAGUGGUAUACCAAGGGUGUGAAUUAUUGGAGUGCUGUGGAAGCGAGUGUAGAUGGUGUUCUCGGCGGGUAUGGUAAGAUUAGUGGACGUGAUGUUUUGGACAGUAACAAGUUCCUCAUGGAUUGCUUCAAGACCUUAAUACCGGAUGCUCGGGAUCAGCAGUUGACCGCACUUGAUUGUGGAGCCGGUGUUGGUCGCGUUACGAAAAAUCUUCUCGUUCAUCAUUUUUAUGAGGUCGAUCUUGUUGAGCCUGUACAGCAGUUUCUGGAUGUUGCUCGACAAGAAUUACACUUCGACUUCGUUGGCACUAAGUUGAAGAAUGUUAACUUCUAUCAUAAUUCAUUACAGGAUUUUGUACCUCCAGAGGGUCGAUACGAUGUCAUCUGGAUACAGUGGUGCAUAGGUCACCUCACUGAUGCUGACGUUGUAGAGUUUUUUUGCCGAGCCAAGCUUGGACUCAAACCGGGCGGUUUUAUAGUAUUGAAGGAGAAUAUAGCAAAAUCAGGGUUCGUUCUCGAUAAAGAGGACGCCAGUGUGACUAGAUCGGACGAAUAUUUCCGGGAUCUAUUUCAGCAGGGUGGACUCCACGUUUAUAAACAUCGGACUCAAACUGCAUUUCCUCGAGAGCUUUUUGCCGUUCACAUGUAUUGUUUGACAACAGAGUUCAAGAAAAAGAAGAAGAAGACUAAGAAGGCCGGAAAGAAAGGGAACACACCUGGAGUGAUCAAGGAUGAGAAGCGGGAAUUUGAUCCGGGCUUAGUCCCAUCUACAUCAUCUGGGGUGGAUUAUGAAGAGUAGAUCGUAGGGUAAAACUUUCCAUACUACCCUCUCAGUGGAAUUGGUUCCAUAUCUUGAACCCAGGAAGUUUUCAAACUUUCUUGUGUCAGCAGCUCAUCAAUUUUGACAGUAAAGGCAGAAGGCUUUUUAUGAGUACACAGUCCGCACAGCAGGUCCUCGUCUUGUGCACAGCAGUCUAUUGCUCCUUCGGGUCGCUCAGAUAUGAAGAUGUAUCAGAUUGUGGUGAUCAUAUUGUACAUGACGAGAAAUAAGUACUACCUAUCACAUUGGUCCCACCGCAGCACUAUAGCAGAGCAUGUCACUAUAUUUCUUUCUUACAUCUAUGUGCCAAGCAUUGUACAGGAGGAAAAAGAGGAGGGAAGAGCAACAGGGCCCUCCUGAUCCUCUUUCCAGGUCCCUGUGGGGAUGGGGUUGGGGUGCUGCCUUCUCGAAAGAGAACGAAGGUGCUCUACGUAAUGGACGCCAGCCCGUUCAAGCAACUGAACGUCCUGUAACAUUGUCCGCCUGCUCGGAAUCGGCGUGGGGAACAGGUGGCUGAUUGCGGCCGGAUGACGAAAUCAACAACAUUAUACUUUGCUCGGAUUGGAGUAGACUGUGUUCGUCUUGUUGAUGUGCAAACCGCAGAUGACUUAUUGGGUUCUCGCUCAGAAAGGAUCAUUCCAGUGAACGCGACAAUCUAGCAGAGGAAGGUAAGGAGCUUACUGUACUCCUGUGCGUUUAUCGGGUCUUAACGUCCUGCAGGGUUAUCAACUAGACCGAAGCCGCGGAAUGCUGUAGAGCCAAGAUUGUAUUGACGGUAUUGAUGUCCAUCCUCCGUACGUAGUCUGGGGAAUAGUCCGGGGUUUACCAGACGCUAGCUUGACUGAGAACCAACUACCUAAGAUGAUCUCACAUCCCAUUUCUCUCAUCCUCUGGGAAGUCGAGACCGAACUGUGGAUGGGUCCUUUGAGAUACGGCUGGAAACACACUCUGCAGUCUGGUCACAACUCGAGGUAAUGCUGGAAAAUAAAACUGAUGAUGACCACUUCAAUGACGGGAUAAUAAGACAAUCGUCAUAUGCGGCCACAAGGUGGUAGAAGAUCUCUAGCAUGACUACAAAUGAUGUAUGUAAUCAAUUCCAUGCACAAUAGCGGACUUGAAGAACGUAACAAAUUGAAAGAAGCUAUUAACAUGAAGGAGAUAAAAGUUUUCAAAGCACGGAAUGAAAAUAAGAUUCUUACGAAAUACGGUUGACGGUUUGACGGUUUUCAUAGAGAGAGUUGACUAUGGGUCUGUGUAAUUGGAUUGUUCGCGGACUGCGCUGUAUAAUACCAUAUAAUACCAAAUCAAUUAUACAUCAUUAAGAGAUCCAUCACAGUCCAACCCAUUCGUCCAUCAACUCCUUAUCCCGAAGAUAUCCUUGUCAUUUAUCCCGUCUAUGCCCUGAGAUAUGUUAACACUAUCAAAUUCAUCAAGGCUAUCACCACC